AUGUUUUGUUGGGAAGAACAAGAUGAAGAAGAGGAAGAAGAAGAAGAGGAGGAAGAAUGUUCAAUGAGAAGUGACAAUAUCAUAAUUUCUCCAAAUUUACUGGCCGAUAAUUUAAAUAAUAAUAUUGCCGUUGAUACUGAUAACAAUUUAACAACUUGUUGCUGUGGUAGACGAUGUAAAGGGAGAAAAGGUUUGCGAAUGCACCAACGAUCGUGCAAAACAUUCAAGGACUUGCAAAAUUCGAGAAAAUUUCCAAAUGAUCCAGAAGCGGAUUCCAAAUUGACGUCAUCUCCGAUGCAACAGAAAGAAUCUCCACCGCCGCCAACAUCAACGUCACCGCCAACAUCAUCGCCACCGGCAAACAACAUCACGAACAAUACACCACUCCUAGGGAUUAAACUACCCAAAACAACAACUCAUUGGCUUGAAGCCACUGCAUAUUUCCACUCUCAAAUAGCAACACUGCCAAACAUUACUGACAUCAAUAACUUCACUACCACUCUACAAACACUAAUAUACAAUUAUUUCGCAUCAAACUACGGCACUCUUAAUCAAAAAUCAAGCUCAAUAACAACACUCGAUAAACCAAUCAACAAACUAAAGUCAGAAUUGAAACAAUUAAAGCUGCUAAGCCGUAACAACCACAAUUUUGGCGUCUAA